GCCUCACUUUCGCAGGAACUGUUCGUUCGUUCGCACGACUUCGCCAUGAGCCACGAAGACUUUGCGGCAGCACUUCCGCCGCCCGUCAGGGGAUCGCCAGCAGUCUACGUCGCCAAGGAGGAUCAAUCGGAGGAGGACAAGCAAUGGAUGAGGGAAGCUCUUCUCAUGGCGGAAGAGGCCUUCGAAGCACUGGAAGUGCCGGUGGGAAGCGUCUUCGUCAGACACGGCAAGAUCAUCGCAAAGGGCCGGAAUAGGACCAAUGAGCUGAUGAACGCUACAAGACAUGCGGAACUGGAAGCAAUCGACGAGAUCCUCGCAAAGUACCCUCCUAAGUCUGAGCACUUCGCUCUCGAUCCUCACAACUGCUCGGACAAUCCUUUCAAGGACACGACCCUGUAUGUGACUGUAGAACCUUGCAUCAUGUGUGGAUCUGCCCUUCGGCAGGUGGGAAUUGGUAGAGUGGUCUUCGGUGCAGGUAAUGAGAGAUUCGGGGGCAAUGGAAGCGUGCUAGGGUGCCAUGACGAUCCCGCUCUCAUCAGUUCACCGCCGUACGAAGCAGUCGGAGGCUACUACCGAGAGGAGGCAAUCAUGCUUCUGCGACGGUUCUACCUGACUGAGAACUCCAAUGCUCCCAAUCCCCGCAACAAGGCCAAACGGGUUCUGAAGACUGAAGUGCAACCUCCUGGCGUGUCGAUGCAUGGCCUGAGCCUUGCUCACCGCGCUCACACGCCUGAGCACGCCAGCGCAAAGUCGAAGUAGCAUCAAUGCUGAGCCUCCCGUAUACCUAGACUCACUGUAUCAAUAGUCACCACCGGCUAGUGUUUUUUCUCUGUCACAUCACCUGUAUAAUACACAGACGAUUGUCCCUCGCCC